GGAGUUUUUUGGGAUUGAUUAGUAACUUUUGCAUCUUUUUACUGGUUUAUGAUAAGUAAAACUUCAGCAUGAGUGAAGAAUCAGAGGAAUUACUACUAUUUCGAACUGCUUGGCAACAAGAACUUGAAAGUUCCAAACAGUUGAAGUCUGACACUCCAAAAGUGAACUUCACUGAUCGUGACGAUAUAAACGAAGAUUUACUGCUGUCAACAGUUAGUUUUAACAAGUUAACGAAGGACAAGGGAAAGCCCGAAMAAAACCUCAAAUCAUCAAAAGAAAUCGUACUAAUAAAUCUACCAAAUCCUGCAGCACAUCAAACUUUUCAUAUCAGCAAAACAUCAAAGAAACGAAGACUUGAYCAUAAAAACAACGAAGAAAAUCUUCUUGAGCAGCUUAUUUCUGAUAUAGAUGAAAUAACCGUGAUUCCCUUCUUUGAUAUACAGUUACCAAGAGAGAUUGGUCUCAAGAUAUUUCAAUUUCUUGACAUCAAGGACUUGUGUMAUUGUGCUAUAGUGAGCAAGUCAUGGAGAAACCUAGCAGAAGAUGAAAUAUUAUGGUUUAAGUUUGCYRCUAGCUUGGGUUUUGAAGCUAAUAAUUGCAUAGUUUCUGAAAAAACAGAUUGGAAAGGUCAUAUCCACAAAAGGAUAACUGAGCAAAGGCAGUURCAGUCCAGAUGGAGAGAGAGAGUCUGCAAAGUUGAUGUUAUGGASUAUGAAAGAGGUGGAAUCUUGUGUACUGCCUCUAAAUCCCAUGAUCAAGUCUUUGCAGGGUACUCAUCUGGUGCAUUGCUCUUAUGGAAUAUAAAAGAAGUAACUUAUAAACAUUUUGAAAGUGAGCCUUUUAAUACACAACAAGAGAUUAUGCCAACAUGCUCUGCUGUUAAAGACACAAUUUGUGCUGCAGGGUAUAGUAAUGGAGAUAUCAAUAUUUGGCAUACAACUCUACCAACAUCUCCACUCUAUCAUUGUCAACUUGAAGGACCAGUGAAAUCCAUUGUAUUGUCAACAAGCACAGUYCCUGUAGCUGUCAGUAUYUCUGAUAAUGACUUGAGAAUUGAUGUCACUGAUGAUAAUGGCCACUGGUUUAGUUUGAAACAGAGAAACUUUGAAAGUAGAAUCAAAGAUGUAACCAUGAUAUCAGAAUCAAACMACGUUGCCAUAACUACUCGUGAUACUCUGUAUCUGCAUGGUACAUGCCCSGGUGAUGACAUCACCACUAUAGAUCACGUGGUUGGUGGUAAGAUGACAUGUAUGGAUUGUAAGAAAGAUUUAAUUGCUGUCGGCGUAGGGCCUUAUGGAUAUGGUAUCCUUGGUAACACGGUUCGAACCUAUCUUCCAGACUCGGGACGACUUUCUUCAGUUUUGUCGGGUCAUUACCACGAAGUCACGUGUCUAAAUGUUCAGGACUCUCCCCCAGCCCAYCUCAUCACAGGGAGUUUUGACAGGCGUGUUCGUAUKUAUGAUCUGCGUAGUGAGAACAUCGUUUUAAAUCUUCAUGGACAUGAGGACUUCGUAACUGCCGUUCAGAUGGACGACUUUAAGGUGGUCAGCGGUGCGCACAACGGAGAAGUGUGCGUCUGGGAUCAAAGAACUUCAGCAGUUUUAUGGCGCACGCAUGCGCGUCAUCCCGUUCGACUUUGCCGUUUUGACGGUGCUCGUUUGAUAACAGCAAAUAUUCCAAAUGACAGAACUCCAYGUUCAAAUCUCUGGUAUGCCGAUGAUUUGAUAUUUCAUCGCAGAAGUCGAGGAUCUUUGCGCUCGUUUGAUUUUUCCUCAGACAAUGUAACUCAAGGGGUACCGGGUAUUUGUUCUUCUGGUUAUGACGAUACAUCGGGAUAUAAUUAUAAUAUUGCCUUGGUGACGCCGUAUGAUGACAUAAAUGAAUAACCGUAUACCGGGGAUUUGUUCGACUGAUUAUGAUGAYACAUAGGGAAAUAAUUCUAGAUCUAAUUGAUAAUGGCUCAAAAAGGCUUGGGCCAGAUGAUGAACAUUUUAAAUCCCCAUAACGUACUGAUGUUUUAUUCAUCAGUUCUAUAUAAGAUAUAUGUAAAGAAAUCUCAGCCUGGUCGGAAAUUAAUUUUUCCGAAUCUCGUUCUCCCAUGUGGGAUCAAAAUGUUAGCGAAUGUACCACAAAAUGCACAUGCUUUGUAGAGGUUUAUGAUGCAUACUUACUGAUUUUCAUAUUUUUCACUUUUUUCUAUAAUUAUCAUACUAUCUUGCUGUUGGAGUUCUAGACGUUCUUUUAUCGGCUAUGUAGAUUCUCGCCUACUACAGUAGCUGUUCGAAUCUAUUCUAAUAACACGCACACAAAAUAAAAAUACGCACUCUCCGCUUUAUAAACAAGUUUGCUUUGGUGGUUAUACUUUAUGAUGACAUAAACAGUACCUAUUCCUAUCCCUUACUACCAGAAUGCACUGCGCAUUUCUUUGUUAUCCAGAUAUUGAAUAUAAAGUAAAUAUACAGUCAAUCCAAGUCAAUCCAUUAAUGUUGUUUACUUGUAAAAUGUAAAGACAACGACAAAUUCAUUUGCAUACAAAGGUUCUUUCAUAUUCGCAGGAAGAAUUGUACUUCUGAACUUUAGAUAAAUAGUACAUUCGAAAUAUUUUCGACAUURUACCAAAGACGUUUUGGGACUUUAUUAUGAUUGAAUAUUCUUACUUUAUUGUUAUCUUUUAAACUGAACAAUGUUAAUGGGAUUGACUAUUAUUUUUCAGCACGAAAGAUAGUUUGAAAAGCAUCCUGGUAUAUGUAGUAGUGACGUCAUCGUGCCUAUUCGGCCGCCAUUUUAUUAUGACUUCCAUAAUUUUGAAAGAAAGUGUUUGAUGCCAACACUUACCAACUAGAAAGUUCUAUUAUUUGUUAUAAAAGUAUAUAAUUAUCAGUAAUUAAGUCCGUGUUGAACAAACAGAUGCACUAGAGCAAUAAAAGUCAUUUUGCAGUACAA